AUGCGCUUCUCCACCAUUGCCGUCGCGCUGUGUCUCAGCAGUGUAGCUAUCUGUCAGCUUGGACAGGUGCAGCUUCCAACGUGUGCUGAACCCUGCAUGGACGUGGCCGUAGAAGGCUGCUCCAGCCUCGACUUUGACUGUAUCUGCAGAACCAAAUCCUAUAUCGCCGACCUCACCUGCUGCGUCUUCCAGAAGUGCUCACUGCAAGACCAAGAAGCCGUCAUCCAAUUCGCGCAAACCCUCUGCAUCCCCCGCGGCUUCUCCGACAUCCCCUCCGCCGCCACCUGCGCCUCCUCCUCUUCCAAAGCCGCCGCGACCAGCUCCACCGGCUCCUCGCGCACCGCCGCCUCUGUGUCUGCGGCUGCUACGCCUACGGGUACGGGCGCUGCGAGCGCGAGCAGUACGGCUGCCUCGGCUUCCAGGGAAGAUGUGAGCGCAAGCGCGAGCGCAAGUGCGUCCCGUUCGAGCUCCUCAGCUGCGAGCGCUGCCGCAACGGCUGUGCCGGCCAAUGCUGCCGUUGGCGCGAGAGAUGGUGCUGCUGGUAUGGGUGUCACGGUAGCGGCGGUGGCGGUGGCGGCGUGGAUGGUGCUAUGA